AUGCUAUCUAUCUAUCUAUCUAUCUAUCUAUCUAUCUAUCUAUCUAUCUCAGCUUUGUUCGUAAUAUUUUUCUGUCCGUUUCUGUCUCUCUCAAUCUAUCUCAGAUUAUUCGUCAUAUCUCUAUCCGUCUCUAGCUGUCUUUCUCUUAGUAUCUAUCUAUCUAUCUAUCUAUCUAUCUGUUAUUUACACGACCGGGUAUCUAGUGCUAAAGGUAUCUACAGUUGGAUUUCUUCCUGUCCCAAGAUCGGGUAUCUAGUGCUAAAGGUAUCUACAGUUGGAUUUCUUCCUGUCCCAAGACCGGACCGGGUAUCUAGUGCUAAAGGUAUCUACAGUUGGAUUUCUUCCUGUCCCAAGACCGGGUAUCUAGUGCUAAAGGUAUCUACAGUUGGAUUACUUCCUGUCCCCAGACCGGUCCGGGUAUCUAGUGCUAAAGGUAUCUACAGUUGGAUUUCUUCCUGUCCGAAAACCGGGUAUCUAGUGCUAAAAGGUAUCUACAGUUGGAUUUCUUCCUGUCCCCAGACCGGGUAUCUAGUGCUAAAGGUAUCUACAGUUGGAUUUCUUCCUGUCCCAAGACCGGACCGGGUAUCUAGUGCUAAAGGUAUCUACAGUUGGAUUUCUUCCUGUCCCAAGACCGGGUAUCUAGUGCUAAAGGUAUCUACAGUUGGAUUACUUCCUGUCCCCAGACCGGACCGGGUAUCUAGUGCUAAAGGUAUCUACAGUUGGAUUUCUUCCUGUCCCAAGACCGGGUAUCUAGUGCUAAAGGUAUCUACAGUUGGAUUACUUCCUGUCCCCAGACCGGACCGUGUAUCUAGUGCUAAAAGGUAUCUACAGUUGAUUUCUUCCUGUCCCAAGUUCGGGUAUCUAGUGCUAAAGGUAUCUACAGUUGAUUUCUUCCUGUCCCAAGACCGGGUAUCUAGUGCUAAAGGUAUCUACAGUUGGAUUUCUUCCUGUCCCAAGACCGGGUAUCUAGUGCUAAAGGUAUCUACAGUUGGAUUUCUUCCUGUCCCAAGAUCGGACCGGGUAUCUAGUGCUAAAGGUAUCUACAGUUGGAUUUCUUCCUGUCCCAAGAUCGGGUAUCUAGUGCUAAAGGUAUCUACAGUUGAUUUCUUCCUGUCCCCAGACCGGGUAUCUAGUGCUAAAAGGUAUCUACAGUUGAUUUCUUCCUGUCCCAAGACCGGGUAUCUAGUGCUAAAGGUAUCUACAGUUGGAUUACUUCCUGUCCCCAGACCGGACCGGGUAUCUAGUGCUAAAGGUAUCUACAGUUGGAUUUCUUCCUGUCCCAAGAUCGGGUAUCUAGUGCUAAAAAGGUAUCUACAGUUGGAUUUCUUCCUGUCCCCAGACCGGGUAUCUAGUGCUAAAAGGUAUCUACAGUUGGAUUUCUUCCUGUCCCCAGACCGGGUAUCUAGUGCUAAAAGGUAUCUACAGUUGGAUUUCUUCCUGUCCCAAGAUCGGGUAUCUAGUGCUAAAGGUAUCUACAGUUGGAUUUCUUCCUGUCCCCAGACCGGGUAUCUAGUGCUAAAGGUAUCUACAGUAUCUACAGUUGAUUUCUUCCUGUCCCAAGAUCGGGUAUCUAGUGCUAAAGGUAUCUACAGUUGGAUUUCUUCCUGUCCCCAGACCGGGUAUCUAGUGCUAAAGGUAUCUACAGUUGAUUUCUUCCUGUCCCAAGAUCGGGUAUCUAGUGCUAAAGGUAUCUACAGUUGGAUUUCUUCCUGUCCCCAGACCGGGUAUCUAGUGCUAAAGGUAUCUACAGUUGGAUUUCUUCCUGUCCCCAGACCGGGUAUCUAG